AAGGAGAAGACUUAACUAUGGAGCUGUAGGUCCCAAGACACCUAAUUCUUGAGUUGCAGCAUCUUUUCUCGAUCUGUGGCUUGAAAACUGAAACCUCUUCAGCUCUCCAAGGUUGAUCUGGGAACACUGAAAACUUCAAGUUCAAACCCCAGUUCUUUUCUGUUUGUCCUGAGACAACUAGCUUUCAUGGAUGGAGCUGUGUCAUGGAAACUACUUAAGGAUAUGCACGCCCUCAGUUAACUUCAUGUUCAACUUGGACGGCAAGAGCUCGUCGGCUAGUAUGGCCAUAUAUCUAUCCGGUCCUCCUGUCGAUGAUCAUAUUUACAGAAGUUGGGCUCGGUUUAGGGAUUUGGGGUUUAAUACUCGGAAAAGUUGAUUUGAAUGCCGAGUACGUAAUUGGAACUAGUGGCGAGAAGUGACAGUUAUCUGAUGUAUGUCCACUGGAGAUCAUCUAAUCGUAUUGUACGUAGCUGCCAACCACGUAAACUCAUAAUGUGGGUCUUUAGCUGGAAACUAAAUCCGACAGUUGAAGUCAGAGACAUUCUUCAUAGGGUACGUAAUGACCUCAAUUGGUAAUGAGGAAGUACAAUGGAAAGCAUCGGUACUAUGGAGACCACAACAGAUUCAAGUCAUUCAACUACUGAAGAGAUCCAAGAGGUACAGCUGAAUUAUCUAUCUCAAAGAACCAUUGUCGGUACCUUUAGAUGAGAAGUACGUAGCAGCUCCCUAGCUAAGAGGCACUCAAGGAGCUAGGACUCCAACAAAGCGCAAAACGCUUUUAACAUAGUCCCAGAGAUUGCAUGCAGCCUGCUAGAUCGAUGUAGAUCGAUCUAUAAUGAAGUUGUAUCCAAGAGGUCGUUGAAGUUCUACUAUAAGGUGCCUCAACAAUGAACCCAAGACGUUUAUGAAGUUAAUUAUAUGGAAUCUAGAGGUCACUAAAAUUGGACCUAAGAGGUCUCAUGCAUAACACUCACUCAAGAACAAGUUCCACCCCAGAAAUGCCUAAAGAGCCUUGGACGCAGGAGUCUCUGAAGUUCCAACGUGCCGGAAGUGCCUGAAAAGCUUGGACUCAAGGGGUGCAAAGGCUGCAUCCGAGAGUCCAAAUUUGCACCCAUGAGGUCAGCAAAAUGAACCUACAGAAGUGAGAACCAAAGAUCCUUUGAGUUGGAUCGAUCCAAGAGGUCAAGCUCUAUGAAAGCUGGGUGCAAGAAGAUCAAAUAAGCUGAAUAGGCAAACUUUAGAUGAACAACAAUUGACCGAAGUACCAAACUUUGUUGUGGUAUUUCUUCUUUAAGACAUUGGCCUCAAGGCAUGAGAAGAUUGGUUAGGCGCGCUCUUGAAGUCCCGGAGAGGAUCUCGAUCAACUUCACUUGGAAGAGGUAUCUAUUUCUCCAUACUCCAAGGGGUGCUACUAUUCAAAAGGAAAUUUACUCCUCAAUUCCUCAAAGCAUAAGAAAUGUGUCUACGUACUUCUCUCGAUCUUCAUGACAAGGCACUUUUCUUGCAACUUGUGGGAAAGAUCAUUGACAAACUUUCUAGAUCUGCCUCGCUUCAUACAGAAAAGCUGCUCACCAAGGAUGAGCCACUCAAGUGGGUUGCCUUAUAAAACAAGCAAUGAUGAUUUGGAGAUCGGUCUGAAGGAGGUUACUCCUGUUGAGCGCAUAAGCCGUUGGGUGCAAGUGAAACUGUAUCUGAAAGCAUUGUAUCGAUUCCGCCACACACUAGUUCUGAAAAAGGCAGAAGAAAAGAAGAAGGCAGCAGGCGCAGCACGGAAACUUAGAGCAUAUACCCAAGCCCUACGAGCUGCGGCUGUGUUCAAAGAAAAAGUUGCAGAUCCAGUGAGAGGGACUGGUGAUUAUUUUCCAAUUGAACAAGUUGACCUUGCUCGUAUGAUGAUGAAUAGUGAUUUUGAUGCCCUGCAGCAAUAUGGAGGGAAGGAAGGCUUGGCAGAUUUACUGAAAACAGAUUUAGACAAGGGAAUUGGUCAGGAUGAUUUAAUCAAGCGGAGAGAUAAAUUUGGUGCAAACAGAUAUCCUCCAAAAUCAGCAAUGAGCCACUGGACAUGUCUUUGGGAAGCUCUGUACGAUUUUACUAGGAUCCUUUUGGUGAUAGCUUUUGCGGGUUCUGUUGUGAUGGGUGUUCUGGAAGAGGUUAUUAGAGCUGGUCGACAAGUUGAGGUUUCUAUUUGUGAUAUUGUUGUUGGUGAUGUUGUACCCCUUAAUAUUGGCGAUGAGGUCCCUGCUGAUGGUAUUUUUAUCCAUGGUCACUCACUUGCAAUUGAUAAGUUCAGAGUCACUGGAGAGAGCAAGAUAUUCCCUAAGGAUUCAAGGAAACCAUUUCUAAGGUCUGGCUGGAAAGUAGCACAUGGUAGUGCUACUAUGCUGGUAAUUGUAGUAGGGAAAUCUACUGAAUCAGGAAUUCUCAGGGCUAGUACUGACUCAAAAAACACCGAGAAUAAAACCCACUUGCAGGUGCUUUUAAAGGUGGUUGCUACCUUCAUGGGUGCUGCUGGAUUCAUGGUUGCUGCCAUUGUUGCAAAUGUUGUUUUGUUUAGAGACUUCUUUAAUGGUGAGAAUUCAAAUGGAAGUCCUAAACCUGGAAGCACACUUGAAGAAGUCAUUCGAAUUAGUAUCAUUGCAGUCGCCAUUUUUGUCGUUGCAUUACCUCAAGUGCUUCCUUUAGCUUUCAACAUAAGCCGGCUCAGCUCAAUGAUAAAGAUGAAGGCAGACAAUGCCUUGGUGCGGAGGCCAGCUGUAUGUGAAACCAUGGCCUUAUGCAAUGAUGUAGUCUGUGACAAGACUGUAAUAACUUUGAACCAGGACAAUUGUCAACCGGAGAUCAAGGAAUCAGUGGUAGUAUUGCAAAGAGCUGGCAUUAAGGUACGCCUUGUUACGCAUGACAAUCUUCAAACUGCAAAAGCAAUUGCUAUGGAAUGUGGGAUACUUGCUUCUGAUGGGUCAGAUGCUAGUGAGAUAAACUUUAUUGAAGGGGAAGUGUUCCGACAACUUUCUGAUAGUCAGAGAGAACAAUUAGCAGAAAAGAUUUUGGUAAUGGCACGGUCUUCCCCCAAUGACAAACUUUUGCUUGUGCGAGCACUGCGCAAAAGAGAAAAGAUUGUUGCUGUCACUGGAUAUGUCAGUAAUGAUGCUCAUGCACUACAUGAGGCCGACAUUGGUAUUGCUAUGAGUGUCCAAGGGACUGAAGUGGUUAAAGAGAGUUCAGACAUCAUAAUCUUGGAUGACAAUUUCACUACUAUAGCCAAGAGUUUCAAAUGGGGACGAUCUAUGCAUGAAAGGGUUCUGAGAGUUAUGCAGCAGCAACUUACAGCCAAUAUUGUAGCAGCAACAGUAAACUGCUUGGCGGCAGUUUACUAUCGUCAGAUUCCGCUCAAUGCUGUGCAGUUUGUGUGGGUGAAUGUUGUCAUAUUUUGCCUUGGACCACUAGUAUUGGCUAAUGAAUCUCCGGCUGAUCACCUGAUGAACGUACCCCCUAUUGACCAAGGACAACCUCUUCGAAAAUAUAUUCGGUGGAAGAGACUGUUGAUACAGGGAGGGAGUUUACUGAAAAAUUAUACUAGAGACCAUGCCACCAAAGUGAAGAAUACAAUGAUAUUUAACACAUUUGUUGUUUGUCAGAUUUCCAUUGAAUUUGGUGUUCGAAAGACUGGUAUAGUGGAUCAUCCUUUGAAAUGGAUUACUGCUAACUCCGUGUUUCUGGGAAUAGUGGGAAUAAUUCUUGUGAUUCAGUUUAUCAUCAUUGAGUUUCUUGGGAAGGUGUUUUUCAUAGUCAGGCUUAACCGGAAAGAGUGGCAGUUUUCCCUUACUGUUGGUAUUGUCGAGUUGUUGUUUGCACUGCUUAUAUUCCUGAAGUACAUGACGCAAAGGAAUCAUCAUUAAGAUUCAACAUUGGUGAUGUUUAUGGUUUAAAAGGAUCCAUACAUGAUGAAUUUCUUGUGCAGAGGAAUUGCAGCAAGUGAACUUGAAAGUUGUCUUGUUUGGUGUAUAUAAGAAAUACACUAUGCAGUUGAUUUUUUUUUACAAUGCUGCCGUUUAUGCAAGUAUGACUGCUAAGAAACUCUACUGCAUAACCACCGAUUGGCUGAUGUUCGAUAGGUAGAUUAGAGCUGCAAUGGAACUUUUGGGACUUUUUCUUUCAUUCCUAGUUUAGCCUUUCCUAUUCUUGGGGUUUUUAUUUUUUUAUUUUUAUAUCAGCAAUGACAGUAUUUGGGC